AUAAGGCCUAUAAAAGAGGGAGCAUCCGUCAGACAGACACCAGAGGAGACCCAUCAGGUAGAACCACAAUGAAGCCUUGCUUUGUCCUUAUUUUGCUGGCUGCAGGUGCAGCUUCAAGAAUGAUUGAGAAGAGGGUUAUUGGGAGCAAGUCCUGUAAGGACAACCGGCGGUACCAUGUUCAGAUAAAGUCUGUUCAAGGUGGGAAGAUCUGUGGAGGCGCUCUGCUCAACACCCGCUGGGUCAUCACAGCAUCUCACUGUGCAGAGCAGGAGGUCAAAGUGACUUUAGGCUUAAACCAUGAUAAAUUAUCAAAAAUGAAAACAGUAUUCGAUUCUGAAAAGGAGCAAAUCAUUUCCACUAAACAGCAGCACACCUUCGAUAAACAUGACAUCAUGCUCAUACGGCUAAACAAGGACGUGCCAGCCAAAUAUCCCACCAUAAGCCUUCCUUCAGGAGACUGCACGAAGCUAGAGCCAAAAACAGAAGUGGCAAUUGGAGGCAUGGGAGCAGAUAAAAUAGGGAGUAAACCUAUCAGUAAUGUAAAAUGUGCCACAACACUGAUCUCUGAGUGUGGUGAGAACGACAAACCUGACAGUAAAUACGCCAGCGAUGAAUCUACAGUCUGUGCCCACAAACCUGGAGUGGAUUCCUGCUAUGGGGAUUCAGGCUCAGCUGUGGAGUACAAAGGUCAUUUACAAGGAAUUGUCGUUAGCGAGCCUAAAGAUAAAUGUGCCAAUACCAUCGUUAUGCUGGAUAUCUGCAAAUACAUGGAGUGGAUUGAGAAAACCAUGAAGGAAAACUGAGUACACUCAGCGUUUCAUAUUUAAUAAUCAC